CGGUGCUGUUUCCUUUAAAACACUUGUGUGUGGCUGAAAAGGUUGGCUAGCGAGUUAAAAAAAAAAUCCCAGCCUUGAGAGAGUAAGGCUUUCUGUUUGCUUCACUGGCGAGAAACCGAAUGGUUAAAUUUUUCUGUACCACGGAGAGCUGCCUGAAGCUGGGAGAGAAUGGAGUUUAUGCAGACCGUGUGUGUGGAGCUACUCACUGCUUGUGUAAAAAUAGACCGCAAUACAUCAAUUCCACAGUCUCUGCUGGCUACAAUUCAUACAGGGGAGGAAAAAACACAAGCAGCUUCCUCGGAAUCUCCGGAGUCUAGCUGGGGACCUCGGACCUCGGCGUGUUUGCAUUCAGUACAAUGGAAUGUUCUCGGAAAGUUUGGGCAAGUUGGAAAACAAGUGAAACUUUUGUGGACUCUGUGUGCUGCUCUGGUUGGUGAGGACCAGCCUCUUUGCCCAGAUCUUCCUGAACUUGACCUCUCUGAACUCGAUGUGAAUGACUUGGACACAGACAGCUUUCUGGGUGGACUGAAGUGGUGCAGCGACCAAUCAGAAAUCAUAUCCAACCAGUACAACAAUGAGCCCGCGAAUAUAUUUGAGAAGAUAGAUGAAGAGAAUGAGGCAAACUUGCUAGCAGUUCUCACAGAGACACUGGACAGUCUCCCUGUGGAUGAAGACGGAUUGCCCUCAUUUGAUGCCCUGACAGAUGGAGACGUGACCACUGACAACGAGGCCAGUCCUUCCUCCAUGCCUGACGGCACCCCUCCACCUCAGGAGGCAGAAGAGCCGUCUCUACUUAAGAAGCUCUUACUGGCACCAGCCAAUACUCAGCUGUGCUACAAUGAAUGCAGCGGUCUUAGCACUCAGAACCAUGCGAACCAUAACCACAGGAUCAGAACAAGCCCUGCAGUUGUUAAGACCGAGAAUUCAUGGGGCAAUAAAGCAAAGAGCAUUUGUCAACAGCAAAAGCCACAAAGACGUCCCUGCUCAGAGCUUCUCAAGUAUCUGACCACAAGCGAUGACCCUCCUCACACCAAACCCACAGAGAACAGGAACAGCAGCAGAGACAAAUGCGCCUCCAAAAAGAAGUCCCAUACACAACCGCAGUCGCAACUUGCUCAAGUGCCAUUGAUCGGUAUUGGCUGCCAGAAGCAAUGUGUUGGGAGAGAUUCUGUGGCCAAACCAUCUUCUGUUUCUUUUCUCUCUUUCUUUCCCCACAUUUCUUUUUGUUUCUCUUUUGUCGCAGGCCUAACUCCACCCACAACCCCUCCUCAUAAAGCCAACCAAGAAAACCCUUUUAAGGCUUCUCCAAAGCUGAAGCCCUCUUGUAAGACCGUGGUGCCACCACCAUCCAAGAGGGCCCGGUACAGUGAGUGUUCUGGUACCCAAGGCAGCCACUCCACCAAGAAAGGGCCGGAGCAAUCUGAGUUGUAUGCACAACUCAGCAAGUCCUCAGUGCUCAGCCGGGGACCCGAGGAAAGGAAGACUAAACGGCCCAGCCUACGGCUGUUUGGUGACCAUGACUACUGUCAAUCAGUCAAUUCCAAAACGGAUAUACUCAUUAACAUAUCACAGGAGCUUCAAGACUCUAGACAACUAGACUACAAAGAUGCCUCCUGUGACUGGCAGGGGCACAUCUGCUCUUCCACAGAUUCAGGCCAAUGCUACAUGAGAGAGACUUCGGAGGCCAGCAAGCAAGUCUCUCCUUGCAGCACCAGAAAACAGCUCCAAGACCAGGAAAUCCGAGCUGAGCUGAACAAGCACUUCGGUCAUCCCUGUCAAGCUGUUUUUGAUGACGAAACAGACAAGACCAGUGAACUAAGGGAUGGCGACUUCAGUAAUGAACAAUUCUCCAAACUACCUGUGUUUAUAAAUUCAGGACUAGCCAUGGAUGGCCUCUUUGAUGACAGUGAAGAUGAAAGUGAUAAACUGAGCUACCCUUGGGAUGGCACGCAGGCCUUCUCAUUGUUUGAUGUGUCGCCUUCUUGCUCUUCUUUUAACUCUCCGUGUCGAGAUUCUGUGUCACCACCCAAAUGCUUACUUUCUCAAAGACCCCAAAGGAUGCGCUCUCGUUCAAGAUCCUUUUCUCGACACAGGUCGUGUUCCCGAUCACCAUAUUCCAGGUCAAGGUCACGGUCCCCAGGCAGUAGAUCCUCUUCAAGAUCCUGCUACUACUAUGAAUCGAGUCACUACAGACACCGCACACACCGCAAUUCUCCCUUGUACGUGAGAUCACGCUCAAGGUCACCCUACAGCCGUAGGCCCAGGUACGACAGCUAUGAAGCCUAUCAGCAUGAGAGGCUGAAGAGGGAUGAAUACCGCAGAGAGUAUGAGAAGCGGGAAUCUGAAAGGGCCAAGCAGAGGGAGAGGCAGAAGCAGAAAGCAAUUGAAGAACGCCGUGUGAUUUACGUUGGUAAAAUCAGACCUGACACGACGCGGACAGAACUGAGAGACCGCUUUGAAGUUUUUGGUGAAAUUGAGGAAUGCACAGUAAAUCUGCGGGAUGAUGGAGACAGCUAUGGCUUCAUCACCUACCGUUACACCUGUGAUGCUUUCGCUGCCCUGGAGAAUGGAUACACUUUACGCAGGUCGAAUGAAACUGACUUUGAGCUGUACUUUUGUGGACGGAAGCAAUUUUUCAAGUCUAACUAUGCAGACCUAGAUUCAAAUUCAGAUGACUUUGACCCUGCUUCCACCAAGAGCAAGUAUGACUCUCUGGAUUUUGAUAGUUUACUGAAGGAAGCUCAGAGAAGCUUGCGCAGGUAACAUGUUCCCUGGCUGAGGAUGACAGAGAGAUGGUCAAUACCUCAAGGGACAGCGUGUCCUUUCCCAAGACUCUUGCAAGUCAUACUUAGGAAUUUCUCCUACUUUACACUCUCUGUACAAAAAAAUAAAGCAAAACGACAACAACCAUUAGAACAAGAACAACAACGGUUUACAUGAACACAGCUGCUGAAGAGGCAAGACAUGGAAUGAUAAUCCAGUAAGCACACGUUUAUUCACGGGUGUCAGCUUUGCUUUCCCUGGAGGCUCUUGGUGACAGUGUGUGCGUGUGUGUGUGUGUGUGUGUGUGUGUACUUAUUUGGGGCAUACAUGUGUGCGCAUGAGGACUUGGGGGCACCUGACCAGAAUGAACAAGGGCAAACCCCUUCGAAUGGCAGCAUAUCCAUGAAGACACACUUAAAACCUAGAACUUCAAAAUGUUCGUAUUCUACACAAAAGGAAAAUAAAUAGAAAUAAAUUAAAAGGAAAGAAAACUAACAAACCACCCUAAAAUGACACUACUGAUGUCUGUUGUCAGCCUCCGGUACCGUCUUUCCAGAAAGUGCAAAACCAACCUGCAGCAAGCUCUCUCUCUUAACCUAACGAUUUCCUGACAAUCCCGAAGACACUAUAGGUUCCACAGAACUAAUAUCCUCUCUCUCUCUUUCUCGGUCUCUCUCUCUUCCCCCUCUCUCUUCCUCCUUCUUUCCUUUUGCCAUGGAAUCUGGGUGGGAGAGGAUACUGUAGGCAACAGAUGCUAAACUUUCCUAACAUUUUGAAGUUUCUGUAGUUCGUCCUUUGUCCUGACACCUCUGUAUAUGUCCACAAUGUUGAUCUUCCACUGGAAAUUUUUGCAAAGCCUUGUCAUUGGUCAAGCGGGGAGUGUGUUCGGUGGUUCCUUCUGAGGAGGAGACCUGGUGUUACAUGACUACUGAGAGUUGAGUAGAACUCUCUGGAUGUGUUCAGAUAGUGUAAUUGCUACAUUCUCUGAUGUAGUUAAGUAUUUACAGAUGUUAAAUGGAGUAUUUUUAUUUUAUGUACAUACUCUACAACUAUGUUCUUUUUUUGUUACAGCUAUGCACUGUAAAUGCAGCCUUCUUUUCAAAACUGCUAAAUUUUUCUUAAUCAAGAAUAUUCAAAUGUAAUUAUGAGGUGAAACAAUUAUUGUACACUAACAUAUUUAGAAGCUAAACUUACUGCUUAUAUAUAUUUGAUUGUAAAAAAAAACAAAACAAAACAAAACAAAAGACAGUGUGUGUGUGUGUCCGUUGAGUGCACUACAACAAAUUGACGCUUCACGCACAUCCAUCCCCUCGUAGGAGCUUCGAUCUAAGCACCUUGUCAACAACAACAAAAAUCCUAGGCCCCUAAAGGUAUUAACCACUUCUGUGAUAUUUUUCCACAUUUUCUUGUUGCUUGUUUUUCUUUGAAGUUUUAUACACUGGAUUUGUUAGGGGAAUGAAAUUUUCUCAUCUAAAAUUUUUCUAGACGAUAUCAUGAUUUUAUGUAAAGUCUCUCAAUGGGGAACCAUUAAGAAAUGUUUUUAUUUUCUCUAUCAACAGUAGUUUUGAAACUAGAGGUCAAAAAAAAUCUUUUUAAAAUGCUGUUUUGUUUUAAUUUUUGUGAUUUUAAUUUGAUACAAAAUGCUGAGGUAAUAAUUACAGUAUGAUUUUUACAAUAAUUAAUGUGUGUCUGAAGACUAUCUUUGAAGCCAGUAUCUCUUUCCCUUGGCAGAAUAUGAUGAUGGUAUUUAAUCUGUAUUUUUUACAGUUAUACAUCCUAUAUAAAUACUGAUAUUUCAUUCCUUUGUUUACUAAAGAGACAUAUUUAUCAGUUGCAGAUAGCCUAUUUAUUAUAAAUUAUGAGAUGAUGAAAAUAAUACGGCCAGUGGAGACUUUCUACCCAGGGUGCAUGGCGGUUGUCAGGUGGGAGUGUAAGUUCUUCAUUUGGAAACUCAGCUCUCGCAGAAGCAGUGUUCCUUCUCUCACUAGCAUGGCCUCUGACGUGACCAUGAUGUUGUUCGUGGUGACAUUGCUUCUGCUAAAUUUAAUAAUAAUAACAAUAAUAAAUGUCAGAAAUUAAAAAAAAAAAACCUCCAUUCUGAGCAUCAGGAUUUCAUCUGAGUGUGGAGUUGCUGCCAUGGAAGUCACUAAAGUUUGGAGUAUGUUUUUGAGUUCCAAAUUGAGAUGUGUUUACUGUUUGGCUGACGUGACUUUUCUGGAAGAUGUGAUAGACCUACUACUUACUUAAUCGUUCUUUUCCUUUCUCUCACCCAACACGAUCUUACAAAAUGGGUUUCACCCCCAGGCCAAUGCAGCUAAUUUUGAGGGCUGCGUUCAUUUAUCACCAGCAUAUUGUGUUCUGAGUGAAUCCACUGUCUGUUCUGUCGGAUGCUUGCUCAAGUGUUUGGCUUACUCUUUUUAAGUAGAUAGAAAGCAAUAAAUAACUAUGAAAUAAAAGAAUUGUGUUCACAGGUUCUGCGUGACAACAGUAACACAUCUUUAAUCCGCCUAAUUCUUGUUCUGUAGGUUCAAUGCAGGUAUUUUAACUCUUUGUGAACGCCAAACUAAAGUUUACAGUCUUUCUUUCUGAAUUUUGAGUAUCUUCUGUUGUAGAAUAAUAAUAAAAAAGACUAUUAAGAGCAAUAAAUUAUUUUUAAGAAAUCAAUAUUUAGUAAAUCCUGUUAUGUGUUUAAGGACCAGAUGCGUUCUCUAUUUUGCCUUUCAAUUUUUGUGAUCCAACUUUAAAUACGUUCUCUGUUUGCCCUGGAUCAUGGACAUGACUGAAAUACGUGGUUUCUUUUCUUACUUCUCAAAAGACAACACUACAGAUUUCAUGUUGAGGAUUUAUUGAUCUCCCUCACCCUCUGGCCUGACAAAUCUUGUUACCAUGAAGAUAGUUUUCCUCCAUGGACUUCAGAUUGCAUCUAAAAUUAGUGAAGCUUUUGUAUCUUAUGCAGACACUGUGGGUAGCCCAUCAAAAUGUAAGCUGUAAGCUGUGUUCCUUUCUUUCUUUCUUUUUUUCACUUCCUUUGGGAGAGAAUCUUUCCAACAACAUAUGCACCCCAACAUCAUGGGAGGCAAAUUUCAGCAUAGAUCUAUAAGACUUUCAGAUGACCAUGGGCCAUUGCCUUCAUGCUGUGGUAAGUACUACAUCUACAAUUUUGGUACCCGAACUGGUGCUUUAGAAAUGCGGGGUUUUUAUUUAAAAAAAAAAAGAAGAAGAAGAAAAGAAAUGUAGCAGAAUAAUUCUUUCAGUGCAACAAAAUCAGUUUUUGUAAAGGACUCUGAGAACAACGGUUGAGCUGUCAACACUCAAAACAGCAGAGAGGGAACUUGGCACUAUUGGGGUAAAGUGUUUGGGUCAGUUGAAAAAAGGAAACCUUUUCAUGCCUUUAGAUGUGAGCUAACAGUAGGUAAUGAUCAUGUGUCCUUUUUUGAUGGCUGUACCGAGAACUUCAAUCACUGUAGUCUAAGAUCUGAUCUAUAGAUGACCUAGAAUAGCCAUGUAAUAUAAUGUGAUGAUUCUAAAUUUGUACCUAUGUGACAGACAUUUUCAAUAAUGUGAAAACUGCUGAUUUGAUGGAGCUACUUUAAGAUUUGUAGGUGAAAGUGUAACACUGUUGGUUGAACUAUGCUGAAGAGGGAAAGUGAGCGAUUAGUUUGAGCCCUUGCUGGCUCUUUUCCACCUGCCAAUUCUACAUGUAUUGUUGUGGUUUUAUUCAUUGUAUGAAAAUUCCUGUGAUUUUUUUUUUAAUGUGCAGUACACAUCAGCCUCACUGAGCUAAUAAAGGGAAACGAAUGUUUCAAAUCUA